UUUGUAGGAAAUAGUAUUGACACAGAAUUCGUAUGUUAUAGGCUUCAGAAUUACUUCGUUGUUAAAAUUUUUGUUUUUCUAGUAAUCUGUACUCUAUACUAAAUUAUAAUUUUUAUACAUUUAAGAAUACUUAAAUUAACAUGUGUUUAAUAAACGCAUAACAAUGGACAACUUUUCAAAAUCAUUGGACAUUUUUUUUAAAAAUAAAUUUAUUCGAUAUGGAUUACCAUUUAUUUUGUUGGUUGUUGGAGGAUCAUUUGGCCUAAGAGAAUUUUCACAAAUUCGAUAUGAUUAUCGAAAAGUUAAGUUCAUUAGUCCAGAAGAACUUAAGAAACAAGGUAUUGAAAUGAAACCUCGAGGCAGUGUCACAAUAGAAACUGAGUAUAAAAAACUUUUGGAACAAGUCAAUCUUGAAGAUUAUGAUAAUAAAAGAAUACCAAGACCACCUGGAUAUGAAGACUGAAAUACAACUAUAUCAAAAAACUGUUUUAGUAUGUUUUUAUUUUAACAAAUAACAAAUAAAUGUGUUAUAAUACAUAGUUAA